AAAAGGCGCAGGAUCCGCAAGGGCACCCAGAGCUGCUGGGAGUGCAAGCGCCGCAAGAUCCGGUGCAGUUUCGCCUCGCCCACGGAGCCUAUCUGUGACGGGUGCAGGAGCCGUCGUACCAAGUGCGUCAGCCAGGCGUUCGAUGAGGAGCCGCCUCGCAGACCCUUGAUGAAAUCGAGGCGGUGGAAGGUGGGCGGCAACAGGGAAGAACAGCAGACAGCCACUUCUGGACAGCCUAACCCGGAGCAUGAUGAUGUGGUGCUGUCUAAGAGCCUGCUGGUAUCCGGCGGCGAGCUCCACGAGAUCUCCAGCGCCCUUCUUGCAGUGUGGCCAAGCGACAGCGACCUCGAAGUCCUCCUAAGCACCACCACCACCACCACCACCCCAGCCGCUCUCUCCAACCUAUUCCACGGCGUCGUCUGUCUGCCCUAUGCAGACUUCCUCUCCAGACAGAUAGCAUCAUCCCCAAGAAGCAUGCUGCAGCGCCCUCCAAAAGCCACCCACCCGGUCCUUAUCGCCCGACGCCUUCUGAUGCUCGGCACCCUCCUGCAGGGCAUCCAGCCGAGCACCUCCUCCUCCUCCUCCUCCUCCUCCUCCAGCACAGGCCCGACAAGCCAGAACUACCGCACACGACUCAUGGCCCACGCAGUGACCACAGCAUCCCGCCUCGUGACGACCAGCGACGAGCUCGCCGGCGGCUCUCUCGAGGGCAUCGAGUGCGUCAUGGCCGAGAGCAUGUUCCUCAACAACGCAGGCGAGCUCCGUCGUGCCUGGCUGGCGGGCCGGCGCGCCAUGGCCCUGGCGCAAGCGAUGGGGCUGCAUCGGUGCACACGUCAUGACCGUGGUGGCGAUGGCGGCGGCGGCGGCGGCGGCGGCGGCGGCAGACCCUCCUCUUUGGUCGUUCUCGAGCCGGACACGUGGGACCGUAUUGAUCCAGAGUACAUGUGGUGCCGGCUCAUCUUCUCGGACAGGUACCUUUCGCUGAUGCUGGGCCUCCCGCCAGGGUGCAGCGACGGCGACGGCGACGACGAGGAGGAGGAGGAGGAGGCCCUCGUACGGUGUGCCCCGCUAGAGCGCAUGGAGCGCAUGAUGGCGGUUGCGGGCGGGCUGAUCCUGCGACGCAACAACAGCGUGCUGCGGCGUCGAGGAGCAGACAUGGCCACGACGCGCAAGAUUGACGAGAUGCUCCGGGAGGCGGCGGCGCUGAUGUCGCCGAGGUGGUGGCUGGCGGCUCCAGAGAGUAGUCGGCCGAUCACGACAGCAACAUCUGACCGCACAGAAGAGGAGGUGGCGUUUCAAGACUCGCUCCGCGUUGUCAACCAGUUCACGCACAGGCACCUCUUGCUCCAGCUGCAUCUGCCGUACCUGUUGCUGCCGCCCUGCAUCGACUACAGCAAGAUAACAGCCGCCACCACCAGCCGCGAGCUCGUCUCCCAGUUCGUGUCCUUUCGCAGCAACAGCACAUCUGCCCCUCCUGCAUACUGCCGCGGCAUCGACUUCAUCGCCUUCAUAGCCAGCACAACACUAUGUCUGGCGCAUAUAGAGGCGCACCGUCCUCGCCCCCAGGGAACAGCACCCAGUACCCUCCAGUCCCUCCAGCACCAGCGCCAAAGCGACCGCGGCCUCCUCGAGCGCACCCUCGAGAUCAUGGAAACAGCAGCCCGAGAAACCAAGGACGCCAUCGCCCAGAGAAUCCUCCGCAUCCUCCGCCCGCUGCUCGACGUCGAGUACAACGCGGCC